GGUCAAUCACCUUCAACCUUUCCUCGACGUAUCCUUUUCUCCCGCAUCAAAAGCCAUCCACUACUGCUAUAUGUUCUGUCAAAAUAAAAUCCAUUUCCACAAAGCUCAGAUGAUGAUCCAUCUUCCACUAGGAUUUGAAUCCUAAAGCAACAUCAUCCAGAACCAAACCCCGGGUCACUGUAUCUGACAGGUUGCACUGCAAAUGCACUGCCACGCUAGAUCCAACGACCAUCAGGGAUUCCCACCCAGCCAACUGAUAAAAUUACAGCUCACGACGGCAUUGCACCAGACCUUUAUGUUACCUCGUUUGACCUUUCUGGUUAUGAUUUCUCAAUUCCAUCUUGUGUCAUAACAUCUAACAUCUCAACUACCCUUUUACCUUGAUAUCUCAUGCAUCAUGGCUCCCGAGAACUUCCUCCGCCCACUUGGCAAGUACGAGACAAUGUCAUCGAGCCGUCACAGCCUAGGUUUCUACCGCCGCGUGAUCAACACGUGCAGAUACGAGCAGGCGCCGUCGGACAAUGACACCCAGCCCCUACAGCAAGUCAUCGAGGCGGCUCUGGCCCGCGUGGUCCUGGAGCUGCCGGGUCUGCGCAUCGCCAUCGCAGAUGAGUCGUCCCCGAACCCUAGCUUCGUCGCUGUCCCGUCCAUCGACAUCAGGAGUCACCAUCUCGAGUUCGUCUCGUUGGAUCACCGCGAUCAUGACCAAGAGUGCAGCGACGACCCCGCCCUGAUGCAGUUCCUCCAGGGGGAACACAGCAAGCUGUGGCCCAACGUCUCGUCUCAACCGCCGUGGAAGCUCACCGUCGUCCAGCGCGCGGGAUCGCCGCUCGUGGACUUGGUGUAUGCCGCGCACCACGGCAUAACCGACGGUGGGGGCACCGCCCGCUUCCACGCCUUCCUCCUUCGCUCCCUGUCCGCCUCCUCACAGCUUCCAUUCCCACAGGAGCUGUCGGCCGAGAGCGGCGUUCUGGACUGCUCCGUUCACCGGCCCAAUCUAGGUCCAGAAAUGAGCCAGCUCGUCAAGCUCGACGUGUCAUGGCUGUACCUGGCCAAAGAGGUCGUCAAAGACAUGGCUCCGGCGUGGCUGUCGGGAACAGUUGCCCCCUGGGCAGGCGCGCCUCCGAACCCCGAGCCUUACCAAACCCACCUGCGCCUCGUAACCGUCGCGCCCGAGUUGGCAACAAUGCUGAAGUCAGCCUGCAGGGCGCGCCAGACGACGCUGACGCCGCUGCUGCACGCCCUUGUCCUUGUGAGCCUGUGCCGCGUCCUACCUGACGAGGACAAGACCAUCCCGGGCCUCAGCUUCGCAGCUGACACGCCCAUCAGCCUGCGCCCGUACAUGACCAGGCCCCUGCCCACAGGGUUUAAUGAACCGUCCCUGUCGGUGCCCAUGGUGACUACGCACCGGCACUUGUUCUCCGGCCCGACCGUCUCCAGAGCCCUCGCCAGCUCAAACGACGACGACGAGCUGGUCUGGUCCGUCGCCGCCCAGAUCAAAUCAACCCUCGCGCAAAGGCAGUCCACGCUGCCGAGAGACGACGUUGCCGGCCUGCUACCUUAUUCGGGCGACUGGCGCACGCGAUGGCUCGCCGCAGCAGCGAGGCCGCGGUCAGGCACCUGGGAGAUCUCCAAUCUGGGCGCCGUGCCCGAGCCCAUCGGGUCGACGGCGGGGAUGGAUUUCGCGCAGCAGCCGUCGUGGCGCAUCACGCGAACCAUCUUCUCGCAGGGCACCGACGUCUGCGGCGACGCCUUUGGGCUCAGCGUGGCGGGCUCCCGGGACAGUGGAACCAUCUGCAUCUCGAUCAAUUGGCAGCAAGGCAUCCUAGAUGUCGAAAUGAUGGACCGGUUUACUCGCGAGUUCAGGGCGCUGCUGGAACGGACGGGACGCGCCGCCGCAAGAGACGCGUAGAAGAGGCAACGGUAAAGCCGCUGAGAAAUGUGGUGUUCCUUACCUUGGGUUGGUCCCAAUGCCACCUAACGAGCUUACCAACCUCCUCAGUACCGUGUCGUGGAACUUGUAGUCUAUUUCAAGACCUUUGUAUUCCUCGGGGCCAAGAUAUUAAUCCUAAUCUCUUUAUACCUUGGAUCAGUUCAAAGCGCAAAGCAGCUGCCACCAUCGACACUGUAAGAAGCAACAUCAAGCAUGUUAUGUUGUAGACAUCCAUAAUACUCACGCAAAGCUCAAAAUCUGCCUUGAUCUCGUCAGUCCUGCGCACCACCAUCAAAAGCUCACAGUCAGGUUAACAUGCCGCCGGCGCUGACCUAGGAUCCAAACCCGGCCCUCUUGCGGCCAUUAGUAAUAACCUCGAGUCCCAACCUGCCUAGUGGCAGUCUCGGCACGGAAACGAAGCCUCAUUACCGGCAACGCGUCCCAUAACCCGAUCAAAGGCCACCGGCUACCUCACAUGCAAAGAUUAUUUCCGAGGGGAUUGGUUUCCAAAAGGAGCCGGUCAAGCCGCAGAAUCGUUCGACAAAACACAUCGCGGGUCCGCUAACCUAGCCAAGGUCGACGGAGAUAACAGAGCACUAGCAGACUCACCCCCCAAAAACUCGUCGAAACGAACGAGUCGACCGUCCGAGCAAAACGGGCAAGUCGGAAACAAUGUUCAAGGUGAAUCUCGCCUCUUUUGUGAAGAAAACGGGCCUUUUGCCUUUUUGUCGGAGCCGAGGAGCCAUUAUAAAUCGGGUCCGUAUUCUCGAGGCACACCCGCCAAGACAUGUCAUUUAGGUAUCUUCCAUCUCAUCCAUCGUCUCCUCUUUCAGCCUUCGACAAGACAAUGUAAUCAUUACAGUACAUGCAGCAAGGGCAUGCAUUGGGGAAGGACGCGCGGCCUUUCAACCUUGGAAAAUUCUCUCUGCAAACCAGCACCCUUGGCAGGUUCGACGAGAAAGAUGUGAUCGACGCCCAUAGGCAACCGUUCUUGGCACUGGAAGUGGCGGGCUUGCCCACUCGUUCAUUUUACGACCAGCGAAUUAUCGAGAUCCAAUGGGAAAAUAGGAUGAGCUUGAUGCUUGGCAUUUCUCCAUAUCAAGCCUUGCAAGCGCAUCUACAGUAUGGAGUGUUGCGUGCAACUAGGGAAGAGCAAGUAGGCGCAGUGGCGAGUAAUGGGGAUCUUGGAGCUCCUCAUUGGGUGACUCAGGGCAACUUUCCAUGUGGCUUUGGUCGUGGGAGGGAGACUGACACUUUCCCUCGGGGAAUGGAAACGAAAAGUUGGGGUUGACGGGUUCCUGAAUACCGAGUGGCAAAACAAAAUUCGUCGUAUUCAAACCACUUGAUGCGAACAGCUAUCAGGCUUGCAGGGUGCAUGUUGUGCAACCGUUGUCAGGUCCAGAAGGGCCUGCGUAUGAAAUGACACAGUCGAUUUUACGUGUUGCCACACUGAUGUUCGGGCUCUGAAAAGCCACAUCUGAGUUUUUUUUAGUGGAGUUUUGAAAGUCGGCAAGCGCGACAGGUGAAAGCCACGCAGAUGAGAUGCAUCUGUGGCUAGUUGGCACAUUUAACGCAAUAUGGAAGUUGAUCGCCAUGGUGCCCGACGAUAUGGAGGUGGCGAUGUGGCUGGCGUAACCGUAAGCCCAAAUAAUUUCGGG